AUGAAGCUUGCCCUGAUUUUUGCUACUUUAUUUGCUGUUUUAUCCCUUGUUCUUGCAGAAGACGGUAUUCAUUACUUUUCUUCUCCUGGCGUCAAUGCAGAAUAUACCACCAGUGACUCCAUCACUUUUACAACCAAUGAUAUCAGCAAUGACGAUGAUGAGACCAUCAUUGCCAAGCUUUAUAAUGCCGCUGAUAAUACUGAAAUUAAACAAAUUGGAUCCUACACUGGUGCUGUCAUUGUUCGUGCUAGUGACAAAGAUGAUUUUAGCUUUAAUUGGGUUGUUGAUGUUCCUCCUGGUACCUAUUAUGUUCGUCUUUAUGAGCAGGAUGCUGAUGGUGGCAUUGAUGACGAUGAUGAAGAAGACAAUGAAGUUCGUAGCUUUGAUUUUGCUAUUAGAGAGCCUAGUCCUUUCAAGAGAAAAAGAGGUGCAUUAAGAAGAAGAGCAUUAAUGAGAAAUAUGCAUUGA